AUGUCGUGGCCUGAUCUUGUCCAAAGUCAACUUAUUGCAACUGGCAACGUUAGUAAAGCUGCAAUCUGUGGUCUAGAUGGGAACAUUUGGGCACAAUCCACUGGAUUCACUGCCUCACCGCAAGAACUCGCUGCUGCCAUAUCAGCCUUUGAUAACCCAAAUGCCGUUCUAGGUGUUGGUCUUCACUUUGCUAAUCAAAAAUACUUUGUUCUGAGAGCCGAUUCCGAGUGUGUCAUUGGAAAGCUGGGAGCGGGUGGUGUAUUCAUUCACAAAACUGGAAAAGCCAUCAUUGUGUCGAUUUAUGAAGGAGGAAUUCAGCCAGAAGCCUGUAACACAACUACUGGUGCUUUAGCAGAUUACUUAAGAAGCACAGGAUAUUGA